CCUUCCUCCCUCCCUCCAUCCAUUCAUCCAUCCCCCUCCCUCCUUCUCUCCUCCCUCCUCCCUCCCACGUUCUUCUGCGUUUAGCUGUGGUAUAUGAGUGGUUCUCCUGGGUCUGGCUCACUGCAGUGUAGGGAAGGGUAGCGCUGCUGCAUGUACAAUGCGCUGAAGGAUGGUGCACCAGGAGAAACGUGUCUACCAGGCCCAGAGGAAUGACAGAGAGUCCAUCAGGCAGAAGCUGGCUCUUGGCAGUUUCUAUGACGACGAGGAGCCAGUCAUCUACAACAGCUGCGGCAAGAACGGCCUUCCCGCCCGUCCUCCGAGUGGUGUGAACCUGCAGGUGUGUUUUGUCAAUGACAGCAGCAGUGACAAGGACAGCGAUGCCGAGGACAGUAAGACAGAGACCAGCCUGGAUACGCCGCUGUCACCCGUGGUACACGCUAUAGAUAGUAAGCAGAGUUCGUCGCUGUCGGACCGGGACACGGGCGAGGAGGACUCGGAACCCCUAGAGGACUGUGGCUUCUGGCGGGUGCAGCGGCGGCUCCAGGAGGAGGCCAGGGUGGCGCUGGCAUUGGCUCGCCCCAUGGCCCGCAUGCAAGUGGAGGUAGAGCGACAGAUCCAGCUCCACCGCCGCUCGCCCGUCGCCGACCUGCUGCCCCACCUGCCCCACAUCAGUGAGGGUCUGAUGAAGAGGAGUCUGAGGAGGGGAGACAUGAGGGACAUGAGCUUGGGCCAGCUCCAGGUCAUCACCAACGAUCUGCACUCACAAAUACAGAGCCUGAAUGAGGAGCUGGUGCAGCUGUUGCUGAUGAGAGAUGAGCUCCAUGUGGAGCAGGACGCCAUGCUGGUGGACGUAGAGGACCUGACCAGGCAUGCUCAGAGCCAGCAGAGACACCUGGCAGAGAAAACCCUCUCCAAAUAAAACCCCGGCCACCUGUCCCCAUCAUCAACCACGUCACAUGACAACCACAACCACCACAGAGCAGUGGUCAACAACCCUGGUCCUGGAGACCAAUAAGGCACGCAGGCUUUUGUUCCAGCCCAGCACUUUCACAGCUGAUUCAACUCAUCAAUAUCUUUUGAUGCUUAGUUGAUUAGUUGAUUCAGGUAUGUUAGUACUAGGCUGGACCAAGCCUGGACAUGCUUUAGCUCGUCAGGGCUACCGUCCACUGCAAGAGGACCCCACCCACCCGGGAGUCAUACAGAGCCAUGGUCAGGCAGAAUUCCAGGCCCCAGUCAUAAACUAUGUGUUGUAAUGACAGUUUGAUCACAGAAGAUGACUAGAGUUCUGUUUGUUGCCCUCCUCAGCCAGUCGCGUGCUUUGUAGAAUACUCAACACACUGCAUAGCUAUAUCUAUUGACAACAUACUGUAGUUGUUUGUGCCGUCGCUAAGGAAUGAGCUCCUAGGCUUCCCAGUAUAUAAACUUUGCGGCAACUGCACAGCUCUUGUGUGAAUCAUUUAGACACACAUGGAUGUAGUACAGCUGUUGUUGCAUAAUUCCACCUGCUUGAACACGCUGAUGUUCUGAAGAUUUACUGGUUGACCCAUGAUUUUGCCAAAUGUACAGACAGAUUGCAUUGACCUUAUUUUCUGUCUGCACUAUAGCUAAGAGUCCUUUUAGUGCUCUUUGUGGCAGGGUUUAAAUAACUCAUCUUACUUGACUUGACAUCCGUGUUCCAAAUAUUAACAUUGGUUUAGCCCAAUAUUUUUAGGACGCCCCCAAACGUCAAUGUGUCAUUCAAUCCCUGCUUUGUGACCCCAAUGCUAGUCCACAGUAAAACAUUCAACAAUAUAUAUUUUAAUACAUAAUAUUAUCGACAAAGUAAUGAUCCCAAUGAUUAAGAACUAAAGAUGUCUGAGCUGACUGAUCUUGACACUUGUAAAGCGAUAGCUGGUCGGUCUCGGCUGAAUAAAUACAAAUUCUGUGCUGGAAGGAGACCUGGAUGCCUUGUUGCCUGGUUGUAGAUGAUGGUCAUCCGUGUUCACUAUGAUUAGUCAAUCUUCAGCAUUUAGAGAAUGUAAUUUUCAAGCGGGUCUUUUGCAUUUUUUUUCUCCAUCAGAUUAUACUAAAACUCAUUCAAACGUAUUCUGCAGCAUUCAGAAAUCAUACAACGUUUUGUGUACAGAGAUGAAAAUGAUAAAUAAACGUUUUAAGUGUU